AUGGCAAAACAUAUUACUAAGGAGGAUAAAAUAAAAAUAGUCACAUUGAAAGAAGCAGGAGUAAAUAAUUUGGAAAUUAUAAAUAAAUUUAAAAUAAGUAAACUAACCUUUUUUAGAAUAAUUCAAAGGUACAAAUUAAUAAAAAUAUUAAUAGAAAGAAAGGAUCUAAUCGUCCAAAGAUCUUUUAUGAAUCAGAAAUUGAUAUUAUUAAAAGUAAUGUAA